AUGAACAAGGAUGGCAACAUCCUCCUCGCACUUUCUGGCAAGAGUGCCACGUCCAGCGCCAUCAGCUCUCUUCUGCUCGAACUCGACAUUCACCUCUCCACCGAUCGUUCGCAGGUUAUCGUCGACCACUUCAACUACGACACCCUCUCGGCCGCCGAGAAGCAUGACGUCCUUGUCCUCCAGCGUCCUGGACCCCUUCGUCCUGAUGUCAAGGCCUUCUUUGAUGGCGAAGGUGUUCUUGCCCUCCCUCGAGUUGCACCCCAGACUCUCGGUGGUGAUAGCGCCCUCCUCUCUCCGAUCCUCAAGGCCCCCGCCACUGCCUACAGCUACAACCCUAAGGAGGGGACGCCCGCGCCGGAGGAUAUCCUGGCUACUGGUUCGCAGCUGAACGUUGUUUCUGCUAUGCAGGCGCGCAACUCUGCCCGCUUCACUGUUCUUGGAUCAGUGGAGUCUUUGGAGGACAAGUGGUUCUCUGCCUCCGUCAAGACGCCCAACGGCAAGAAGACUCCUACCGUGAACCGCGAGUUCGCUAAGCAGUUGACUGCUUGGGCCUUUAAGGAGACCGGUGUCUUGAAGGUCGACAAGGUCGAGCAUCACCUUGCCACUGAGGGCGCAGAGUUGAACCCCUCGAUCUACCGGAUCAAGAAUGAGACUAUCUACAGCAUCGAGGUUUCCGAGUACGUCUAUGACAAGUGGGUUCCCUUCGAGGUUCCCGCCGGCGACGCGCUCCAGCUUGAGUUCACCAUGCUCUCGCCCUUCCACCGCCUGACCCUUCAGCCCACCAGCCGCACCGAUACCAGCACCGUGUUCAGCACCCAGUUCUUGACCCCCGAUCAGCACGGUAUCUUCUCCUUCCGCGUCAACUACAAGCGUCCCUUCUUCACCUCCAUCGAAGAGAAGCACGAGGUCACCAACCGCCACUUCGCGCACGACGAGUACCCGCGCAGCUGGGCUAUUACUGGCGGAUGGGUAUGGAUUGCCGGUCUUUGGUCGGUGAUUGGAGGUUUUUUGGCUUUCGUCAUUGUCUGGCUCUACUCUGCGCCUGUGGCUGAUAAGCUUAAGAAGACUCAGUAG